AAAAUUAUUUAUUAAACCGUUUGUAAGGUUUAACCACUCCAAGUUAAGUGAUAUGUUUUUUUUUUUAUAAAAAAUUCGAUGCAUUUUAUCGCAGCAUCACUGUCGAUCUUUUUUAUUGAGUUUUUAUUCGAGUUCACGAGAUUCAUUUAUGGCCUGUUUUUUUAACUUCGGUGCUUGAACAUUUCCAUCUGGUGUAUGUACAUUUUCCGUUAAUUGGUAUUUUCUGUUUAAGACCAUUUUUAGAUAUAUACCAAGCAUAAGAUUUCCAACUUAAUUUGAGUAUAUAUAUUAUUAUUCUGUGUAAAAUGCGUCUGGUAUUCGCUGUUAUUUUUAUUUCAUUGAUUGACGAGAUUUCUUCUGCUGCUAUAUCUCCAUCAAAAGCUGCGUCCUACUUGGAAAAGUUCGGCUACGCUGCACCCCCAAGCUACCGCAGGUCUGCUGGCAACCGCAUGUCGUCAUCUUAUCUGGAGGAAGCUCUUCGAGCAUUUCAAGAAUUCUCUGAUCUUCCAAUUACCGGCAAACUAGACGAAGCAACAUUGACAAAAAUGGACGAAAAACGAUGCGGGAACCCAGACAUGACAGGGACCGUUAAUGCUAAACGGAAGAAGCGAUAUGCUCUUAAAGGAGGCAAGUGGGACCAUAAACAACUUACAUACAAGUUUAUCAAUUAUCCCACUAAGUUAUCUGUUUCGCAAAGUGAAUCUGAAAUACGAACCGCUUUUCAAUGGUGGGAGGACAAUUCAAGUCUACGGUUCAGCAAAGUUACGAAAGGUGAACAUGCGGACAUUGAAAUUAUGUUCGCUGUCGGAGACCACGGAGAUUGGGACUCGUUCGACGGUCCUGGUCACACACUUGCGCAUGCUUACUUCCCAGUCUUUGGUGGUAACGUUCAUUUUGACGAAGCAGAACCAUGGUCGAUUAGCAGUGCAAGCGGAGUUAAAUUAGGCACUGUGGCGGCCCAUGAGUUUGGACACAGUCUGGGACUUUCACACAGUGACGUCACAACAGCGUUGAUGGCCCCAUUUUACAGCCCGAAUACAAAGGGUCUUCAUAGUGACGACAUUCAAGCUGUUCAGGAACUAUACGGAAAAUCAUUAGAGAAAACAGACACAGUUACACAGUCACCAGUGCCAACUACUGGCAAAACUGAACAAACCAACACAAAAGUUCCCCCAAUCAGUUCUUGCAACGGAAGAUUUGAUGCCAUCACUCGUCUUAAUAACGGGAGUACUUACGCCUUUCAAGGUGAAAUGUUCUGGAGAUUAAACGACAAAAAUGCCGACAAGGGAUUUCCAGCCAGUAUUCGAACAGUUUGGGGUAUCAGUGGCAAAGUAGAUGCUGCGCUCACGUUUAAUGGAAAUACUGACAUCUUUCAGGGUCACAUACUGCACAGAUUUCGCAACGGAAUCAGAAUCCAGACUUCCAAUAUCUCAUCGAUUUAUAGAAACAUUCCUUCUUUUGUCGAUGCUGCGUUUGAAUGGAGUGGGAACGGAAAGAUAUACUUUAUUAAAGGGCAAAAGUAUUGGCGAUACAACCCCAGCAGAGGAGCAGUUGCCUUUGGAUAUCCAAAAUCACUUAGUGUUUGGGGUGGUUUGCCGAAACAUAUAGAUUCGGCAAUGAAAUGGAAAGGAAAGACGUACUUUUUUGAGAAUGGCCAAUACUACAGGUUCGCCGACUAUAAAAUGCACGUGGCAAGUUCAACCGAAUCGCCCUACCCACGUCGUGCUGACGAACGGUGGUUGGGUUGCAGGGGUAACGCACUGAUGACUGGUUUGGCUCAAAAUCAGAAAAGGACAGUAAAAACGGCGGAUCGUCGAAGUCCGGUCUUAAACUUUCACUAGGUCUUUUAUCAAGCUUCGUAACAUUUUUCAUGACUUUGUCGCAGACGUUCUGCUGAUACAACUACGAUUUGGGUUUGUCGUUCUAAUCGUUUUGGGCAUAUUGAUAUCGCAUUAUUGUAUUUAUUUCCCUUUACCUUUAUACUCCCUUAGUUAGUGUUCUUCGUUCUUUUGUUAUGACGUUUCUAUGUAAUUACGAAAAAUAGCUAUGCGUAAGACAUUGUAUAUAGUGGCCAUUCAUUAGAAAGGUAAGCUCUCUUGUUCUUGCCAUUUUUAAGAAUUUCUACGCAUCUUUAUUUGGAAAUCUUAUAUCCUAUUGGUUAUAUAUUGGAUAAAAUCAAAUAAUUACCUAAUUAAGUAGUUCUUUUCGUGACUAUUAAACCGAAAAAUAUUUCUCUUUAAAAGCGCGUUUGAAAGUUCACAACGAUUGACGCAUCACAAUCAAA